CAGCUCAACUGGUGCCCCACUUUGUGGCGUGAGGCAGCGGCGGUCUGCGGCGGGGAGCGGGGCUUGUUGUCGCAUACGGGGACGUCGGUGCUUCGCUGGGGCCGCCCCAGCUCGCCGCUCUCACCAUGGAGUUUUUACUGGGGAAUCCGUUCAGCACGACGGUGGGACAGCGCAUCGAGUGUGCAACCAGCUCCAGUUUACCAUCUGAAGACUGGGAACUCAACAUGGAAAUCUGUGACCUGAUCAACAGCUCAGAGGAAGGGCCCAAAGAUGCACUCAGAGCCAUAAAGAAGCGGAUUGUCGCGAACAAGAAUUUCAAGGAGGUCAUGUUGGCCCUGACUGUUCUGGAGACCUGUGUGAAGAAUUGCGGCUACAGAUUUCACAUCCUGGUGACGGCGCGGGACUUCAUCGAGGGGGUUCUGGUGAGGACCAUCAUCCCGCGGAACAACCCUCCACUAGUGGUCCACGACAGAGUGCUCAGCAUUAUACAGGCGUGGGCUGAUGCAUUCCGCAGCUCGCCCGACCUGACAGGCGUGGUGUCAGUGUAUGAGGAUCUGCGGAGGAAAGGGCUGGAGUUCCCCUUGACUGAACUCGAUGGUUACACACCAGCUCAAGCCACGAAAAAGACUCAGCCUGGGAAUGGCCCUGCUGUUACUACUUUGCCUGCUGUGUGUUUGUCUUCCAAACCUCCUCUCAUCCCACCUCAGACCUCUGAGCUUAAACUGGCCCUUGAUGGAACCAGUGCCCUCACUCCCAGCCAGGUGAAAAAGCUGAAGACGGAGCUGGGAGUGGUGCGGAGCAACCUGAGCAUGAUGUCCGACAUGAUGAGCCAGCUUGAUCCGGUCACAGUAAAGCAAGCGGACAUGGAGCUGUUGGAGCAGUUAUACACAGUAUGUAAGGAAAUGCAAGACAGGAUAGUAAAGAUUGUCCCCAGACUCAGUGAAGAGAAGCUGAUUGAGGAGUUACUGGCUGCUAAUGAUGAAAUGAACACCGCCUUCACUCGCUACCACAGGUUUGAAAGACGAAUAACAAACGGUCAAAACUCAGAGCAGAAGAGCCAAACGUACGUCAACCUGGCAGACUUCGAGUCUGUCAGCCAAUCAGGCUUCACAUCAGUGAAAAGUGACAGCUCCCUCAGCCUAUCAAAAGCUGACAGUUUGUCCAGUCAGAUGGCUAAACUUAGUACGAGUGAAUCAGAUGAUGCGUUACCACAGAAGAUGAACCCAUCAACUCAUCAGAGACUGAGUGAUAAGAAUGGCGUUGCAGUGGACGGUCUGGCUCGAGUUCAGGAAGGCAGUUUACUAAACACUGGACUGGAUGACAGUCCAGCCUCCACCCGCAGCUCUUCACCAAAGUUAGAUUGGAUGAUUAAAAGGGGAAUGAUUCCCAUCAACCAGUCCAACGUAAUGGAUGAUAUAGAGAAAUGGCUUUCGUUGGAUGACGAGUAUGAUGACUUUGAGGAGUCGGAUGGUGUUACCAGUGAAGAGUUUGACAGAUUUUUGGCAGAAAGAGCAAAAGCAGCAGAUCGCCUGCCAUCACUACGAGCAUCCUCACAAGAGGCCGACUUCUCCAGUUCUUAAGCUGCACAGAGACCCUGACAGACUAACAUUACUCAUGAAAUUAGAAUUUCUUGUCGCUGAAUGGCUAUAUAGCACAUAUUAUGUUGGAAAAUUCAUUCCAUAUUUGGGGACAGACUUCAGGCAUGUAUGUGUACCCUGCUCUUUACUAGGGAGCAAACGUGGUUUUUACUGAUGGUAUGUGACAAGUACAAACGUUUUUACUCUACAUUGUCGUGAGGGUUCGUAUGUGAGCAAACAUUUGCACAUUUUAUAUGGUUAUGUUACUGCUGUUGAAGGAAAUUUGUUAUUGUUACAUAAAAAACACUUUGCAACCAGGAUUAUGUACUAUAUUGCUGUUAAAUAUAAAAAUCUAUAUAUACUGUAUAUAUAUUAAAUAUAUAUAUAUUGGUACUAACAGGGGUAAAAGAAAAAGCCACAAUAGGAAGAAGCCCAGUUGUAACAUACUGUGAUAGUUUCACAUCAAUAUUGUCCGAUGUGGAAGAAGCCACUUUUUUUUUUUUUACUUCCGACUUUUCCCUAUGAAGAUGUUUACUUGAAGUUUUAACAAAGUCUUAACAGACUGUUGUCAUAAUAUUAAACUAAAGUUGUUGACA